GGAGCCGUCCUGGGGUUUUCUUUGCACCGGCGCAGCAGCCUUGUGAGGCAGCGCCAUGGACGACGAAGAAGAGACCUAUCGAUUAUGGAAAAUCAGGAAAACGAUUAUGCAGCUGUGUCAUGAUCGAGGCUACUUGGUGACACAGGAUGAAUUGGAUCAGACUCUGGAAGAGUUCAAAGCCCAGUUUGGUGAUAAGCCGAGUGAAGGGCGUCCUCGGCGUACUGAUCUCACAGUGUUGGUGGCCCAUAAUGAUGAUCCUACUGAUCAGAUGUUUGUCUUUUUCCCAGAGGAACCAAAAGUUGGGAUUAAGACCAUCAAGAUGUACUGCCAGCGAAUGCAAGAGGAAAACAUUACCCGGGCCCUUAUUGUGGUGCAACAAGGCAUGACUCCAUCUGCCAAACAGUCUCUAGUAGACAUGGCCCCCAAGUACAUCCUUGAACAAUUCCUUCAGCAGGAACUGCUGAUCAACAUCACUGAACAUGAGCUGGUUCCAGAACAUGUUGUAAUGACCAAAGAAGAGGUGACAGAAUUACUGGCAAGAUAUAAACUGAGGGAGAGUCAGCUUCCAAGAAUACAAGCUGGAGAUCCUGUAGCUCGCUAUUUUGGAAUUAAGCGAGGCCAGGUGGUGAAGAUCAUUCGGCCCAGUGAAACAGCCGGGCGGUACAUCACCUACAGGCUGGUGCAGUAGCCAGAAAUUGCUGUAUAAGCUUGGCUGAAGCUCUUUUUACCUUACACUGGAGACUGCUGAUCUGCCUGCUUAACAGUCAUGAGCAUAAGGAAAUACAAAUUGAAGAGAUGCUUCUUAAAUGUGUCUGUUUGAGGCUUUGAACUUCAAGCUUCUAGUCCUUUUCAUCAAACUGGACAUGAAGGAGAAAGGAGUCAGCAGAAGCACAGCAAAUGCCACAUUGAUUUUCCAAACUGGACUCCAUCUUGCUUAUAUAGGCUGGAUGUAUUUGUUGAUACCACAUUUCUGGAAUUCAGAUUAGUUUGGGGUGGUUAAGUAUUUAAGGCAGCAGCAGUUUAUUUCCCGGGUCUGGAUGGAGGAUACUUUAGAAAGCUUCAAAUGGCAGGACUUCCUUUUUCCUUCUAUAGUCUAAGAGCGAGGAGGGGCAGGAGAGCAUUUUUUGGUCUGGAAGACAGAGGAACUCCAUUGGAUGUGGCCUUUUGUGGGGGGAGAGUGGAGGUUCUAAGGAUUAAACCGGGGGAAUGGGCUGCAAAUCUGAGUGGCUCAUGGGGAUGCAAAACAAGGUGUUGGGGGUCAUCUGUAAUCAGGGACUGCUCACUUUUGUCUUGGAGAAUAGACUUGUAGAAACUCUGGAAAGAUCUCUGGAUUCUUCAGAAGGUCCCUAUUACCUUCCAUGUUCUUCUAACUAUUGCUGAGUUAUUGCUUAAGACGGAGCUUGCUCAGUGGUCCAGACUUCUGGUUUUAAUAAACAUUAGAGAUGUGUUUUA